UGAUUUUCUGAAGGUCCUGGGAAACCCCUUGAAACGGUUUAAGUCCAGCAGAUUUGCGCCUACCUUAACUACCUAAUUUUCUGCUUGCGUCGAAAUUCCGAGACACGCAACGCUCGUAGACAAACAUUCAGAUUCUCAACUUUUUUAUAGUUAAAAAAGCCGGGAUUUUAUUUGUUAACUUAUUACCCAAUUUAAUGAAAUCAUUUUGGGGGAUAAGAUUGAAGGAAGAAGAAUAAAAUUGGUUUGGAGAUUUACGACAAAUCACGAUGUCGUCGAACACGCUAGGCCCCUUGGUCCGCCUACGGGGCCUGCGAACAGAGCAGCUCCCCGCAGCGUCCGCGUCGCCGGAUGAGCUUGCGCCACUGCUCCUCGCCAUCCUGCAAGAAGCAAUACCCUUUGCCGACUCUGCGGCGCCCAAAGCUUCUUCGGAUGCCAAGCCUGAUCCUAAGAUCUGGAAGCUGAAGGGGACGCACGUGCACCCGGACUCCAAGGCCAGGGUCGAGGUUCUCGAGCGCGUGGUCCCGGCGAGUGAGCUGGAGAAGGUAGAGAGUAGGAGCGCGACGAGUGAGGGAGGCGAGGGGAAAGGUGGGAAGGAAGGCAAGCUCAGGGGCGAAACUUGGUGUUGUCGCCGGAGCGCACACAAUGACGCAGCGGAGCGCGGGACUGCUAGCUGGGAAGAGUUCACGCGCGCAUUCCGCGAGGAGCAUGCGCAGUCCGAGAAGGCGUUUACGCCGGCAUGUCUUGCAGCGCACGAGGCGCAGAGUUGGGACUGCGCGGGUGUCGAGGUCGAAGAGGGGGGCGUCAGAUGGGGCCGGUUUAAAUUGGUCAUUGAAGAGAUGCGACAUCGGAUCGGGAAGCCGGUGCUGAAGGAUCGCACGUUUCCAGUUCUGCAGAUGACAGCGGCGGCACUGGGCGAGGCGGACAGGGAGUUCGUGGUCGUCAGCAUCCCGGUGCCGGAUUUUGGGGAGAAGUCUGACAAGAGCAUGUUGGCGAAGGAGAAGGGCGCGCAGGUCGCGUACUACGUUAGUGUGGAACGGAUACGGAUGAUUGGGGACGAGGGACAGAAGAAGAUCGAAUGGUUAAUGGCGACGGCGAGCGAUGCUGCGGGUGUGCUACCCGCUUGGGUGCAGAAUCUAGCGGCGCCGGGAGUUAUUUGGAAAGACGUUCCCUUGUUUUUGGGAUGGAUCGUGAGAGACAGAGUGAAGAGGGCGAAGACGAUGGACGUGGUGCCUAACGGUGGGGGGAAGAAGGAAGAUAAUAUCAAGAGCAUGGAUACGGAUGGUGAUAGGGGCACAAUACCGCGGGUUUCAUCCGGGUUAGAUGUUGGUAGUUUACCAACAGUCUCCGAGGAAACGUCGAACGACCCCGAACUACAAGCCCCCAGGUAAUUUAAUACAGGCUAUUCAGGCGGCGAAGUUGUCCGGAAACUCUUGAUUCUAUUUGGGGGGGAUUAAUGGUAUGGCCAGGAAUAUCCUAAUAUGACUCAGGUUGUGGUUUCGCCGGUCGAGGAGUAAACGUGUUAUAGAG